AUGUCUAUGAAUAAUUCUCCAAAUGUAUUUUCAGACCCUACUCACCACAGAUUUCAGGUUAAUGUUGUCAAUGAAAACCACGACAAUGCAGGGCAGUUGCAGGGGGAUCCCGACCUGCAAGGUUACGACGAGGCCCCUCUUGCAAACGAGGCCAGCAAUAGACUCCAGAUCAGCUUCAGGCCUGGAAAUCGGGACGUAUAUGACAGCAUCUUUCAAAAUGGGGAUCCGGCCAAAGUGGAUGGAAGCUUUCACCCCUAUGAUGCCCAGAGCAACACCUAUUAUCUGAAAACCUUUGGUCAUAACACAAUAGAUGUUGUGCCUAAAAUUGAUUACUACCGAAACACUGGUAGCCUCAGUGGAGUCAAAAUGAACAGACCGAGUCUGAUGGACAUUCAUGAGCAGUUAGCAAAGAACAUUACAGUGACUUCUGGUUCAGCUGAUAAAUUCACCAAGGCAGAUGGCAAUGCAGGAGACGAAUCUGAAUCUGUCAAGGAAGAAGAAACCAAAACAGGUUUUGUGAAAUUUGGAUGGGUGAAGGGCGUCUUGGUGAGAUGCAUGCUUAAUAUCUGGGGUGUGAUGCUGUUCAUUCGUCUUUCCUGGAUUGUAGGUCAAGCAGGAAUUGGUCUUGGAGUUAUCAUAAUCCUCCUUGCCACCAUGGUCACCUCCAUUACUGGCUUAUCAACUUCUGCAAUAGCAACUAAUGGUUUUGUCCGUGGAGGUGGAGCUUAUUACCUCAUCUCCAGGAGUUUGGGGCCUGAGUUUGGAGGAUCCAUUGGGCUCAUUUUUGCAUUUGCCAAUGCCGUGGCCGUCGCCAUGUACGUGGUCGGCUUUGCCGAAACAGUUGUGGAGCUCCUCAAGAACAGUAAUGCAAUAAUGGUGGAUCCAAGCAACGACAUCAGGAUAAUAGGAGCGAUAACCGUAGUCCUUCUUUUAGGCAUUUCUGUGGCUGGUAUGGAAUGGGAAGCAAAGACCCAGGUUGUUCUCCUCUUUAUCCUUCUUGUUGCUAUCAUAAAUUUCUUCAUCGGGACCGUCAUUCCAAGCAACAAUGAAAAGGAGGCAAAAGGCUUUUUCAACUAUCAAGCUUCAAUAUUUGCAGAAAACUUUGGACCAGAUUUCAGAGGCGGAGAAGGGUUUUUCUCUGUGUUUGCUAUUUUUUUCCCUGCAGCUACUGGCAUUCUUGCUGGAGCCAAUAUCUCUGGAGACCUGGAGGAUCCACAAGAAGCUAUACCCAAAGGAACUAUGUUGGCGAUUCUGAUCACAACUAUUGUUUACGUGGGCGUAGCGAUCUGUGCAGCUGCUUGUGUCGUACGCGAUGCUACUGGAAAUGUCAAUGAUACCGUUGUUUCUGGGAUGAAUUGCAACGGAUCAUCUGCUUGUGCCCUCGGCUAUGAUUUCUCCAGCUGUAAAACCCACACAUGUGAUUAUGGGCUGAUGAAUAAUUUCCAGGUUAUGAGCAUGGUUUCGGGGUUCAGUCCCUUAAUCACGGCUGGAAUAUUCUCUGCGACACUUUCGUCAGCUCUGGCUUCGCUUGUCAGCGCACCCAAGGUCUUCCAGGCUCUCUGCAAGGAUAAUAUCUACCAAGCCCUCCACUUUUUUGCCAAGGGACAUGGAAAGAACAACGAGCCACUUAGAGGAUAUAUUCUUACCUUCUUCAUCGCCAUGGCCUUUAUCUUGAUCGCGGAACUGAACACCAUCGCUCCCAUCAUCUCCAACUUCUUCUUGGCUUCCUAUGCACUGAUCAACUUCUCUUGUUUCCAUGCAUCAUACGCCAAAUCUCCAGGCUGGAGACCUGCUUUCCGGUAUUACAACAAGUGGGUGUCCCUGUUCGGAGCCCUGCUGUGCUGCGGGGUCAUGUUUGUCAUCAACUGGUGGGCUGCUGUCAUCACUUACGCCAUCGAGCUCUUCCUUUACAUUUAUGUGACCUAUAAGAAGCCAGAGGUAAAUUGGGGGUCAUCAGCACAGGCGCUUUUCUACAUUAAUGCCGUUGACAGUGCGCUGGAUUUAACAGCAGUGGAAGAGCAUGUGAAAAAUUUCAGACCUCAGUGCAUAGUAUUAACCGGAGCACCCAUGACGAGACCAGCUCUGCUAGAUCUUGCCCAUUCAUUCACAAAGAGCAAUGGUCUCUGCAUCUGUUGCGAAGUAUACAUGGGCCCACGCAAGCUGUGCGUUACAGAGAUGAACAGUGGCAUGGCAACGAAGCAGGCCUGGCUGACAAAGAACAAAAGAAGAGCCUUUUAUGCCGGCGUGGCGGCCGACAGCUUUCGAGAUGGCGUCAAAAGUCUCCUCCAAGCCUCUGGUUUGGGCAGAAUGAAACCAAAUACUUUAGUGCUUGGAUUUAAAAAGGACUGGAGACGAGCCACGGCGGUCCAAGUUGAAAAUUACAUGGGUGUGAUACAUGAUGCAUUUGACUUUGAAUACGGUGUGAUAAUCGUUCGAAUAAGCCAAGGGUUUGACAUAUCGCAAGUCCUCCAGGUCCAAGAAGAAUUGAAGAAAUUGGAGCAAGAGAGGCAGGCCCUAGAAGCCACCAUUAAAGACAGUGAAUUUGAAGAAGUAAAUUGUGGUAUCCAUGGAUUCUUUAGAAGAGUCACCAAGCUCAACAUUACAAAGACUAUGCCCAGAAAAGACAGCGGCAUCAACACCAUCUCGUCGAUGCAUGUCGGGGAAUUCAAUCAGCGGCUGCUUGAAUCAAGUACUCAGUUUAAAAAGAAGCAAGGGAAAGGUACCAUCGACAUAUGGUGGCUGUUUGACGAUGGAGGAUUAAUACUCUUAAUUCCAUAUAUUCUCACUCUUCGGAAAAAAUGGCAAGCUUGUAAAUUAAGAAUCUUUACUGGCGGAAAAGUCACACGUCUUGAAGAGGAGAAGUUAAUGAUUGCUUCACUCUUAAGUAAAUUCAGAAUAAAAUUUGCUGACAUUAAUAUAAUUGGUGACAUCAAUAUGAAACCAAACAAAGAGAGCUGGAAAUUCUUUGAAGAGAUGAUCGAACCAUACCGCCUUCAUGAAAGCUGCAAAGAUUUAACAACUGCUGAGAAAUUAAAAAGAGAGGCACCGUGGAAAAUCACCGAUGCAGAGCUAGAAGCAUUCAAGGAGAAGAGUUGCCGCCAAGUCCGUCUGAAUGAACUUUUACAGGAACAUUCUAGAGCUGCUAAUCUGAUUGUUCUGAGCCUACCAGUGGCAAGAAAAGGAAUUAUAUCUGAUUACCUCUAUAUGGCUUGGUUAGAAAUUCUGUCAAAGAAUCUGCCUCCAAUUUUGCUUGUCCGAGGCAACCACAAAAAUGUAUUAACGUUUUACUCUUAG